AUGUUUGUAAAAGAAGUUGAAAUGGCUGAUUAUUAUCAAACAAUUUUACAUGGAAAUGAUUUACCAACAAAAAUAACAUCAUUUUCUGUUAAAUUAUAUAAUUUAUUUGCACAAAUAUUAGUAAAAAUGUUUAUUGCUGAUUUCCAUUCAUAUGAAGUUGAUCGAUCACGUAUUGAACAACAUAAAAAAUUAAAUGAAAACAGAAAAAAUUUACGUUUAUUAACACAAGAUAUUUUUCAAGCUAUUAUUGAUUCAGUUAUAUUAACAGUAAUAUUUCUACGUUUUUUAAAUCCUGCUUUCAUUCUUCUACAUGAAUUUGGUAUAGUUAAUGCUGAACCUUUACCACAAAAAAUUCGAGAUUAUUUAUCAAGUGGAAGAGAUUAUAAAGCUAUUGGACGAAGACCAUUUUAUAAAAUGGCAACAUUAUUAACUUAUUUUGGUCCACCAGAUUAUCGACUACUUGAUUCAUAA